UUUAAAAACUCUUGUGACCAGUCUCAAACCUUCCUAUCUCUUCUGUACGCUCACUCUCUCUUCCCUUUAGAUCUCAGAAAAGCUUUUAUCUCAUGGCUGUUACCAUCGUCUCCGUCAAGGCUAGGCAGAUCUUCGACAGUCGUGGAAAUCCAACGGUCGAGGUUGAUGUGGAAACAUCCAACGGUAAAAAGGUUAGAGCGGCAGUUCCAAGUGGUGCAUCCACUGGAGUUUACGAGGCUCUUGAAUUGAGGGAUGGAGGUUCGGAUUACCUUGGCAAAGGUGUAUCAAAGGCUGUCGCAAAUGUUAACAGAAUCAUCGGCCCUGCAUUGAUUGGAAAGGAUCCAACUGAGCAGACUGCUAUUGACAAUUUCAUGGUUCAACAACUAGAUGGAACUCAAAAUAAGUGGGGUUGGUGCAAACAAAAGCUUGGUGCAAAUGCCAUUCUUGCAGUGUCCCUUGCAGUUUGCAAAGCUGGGGCUGAAGCAAAGAACAUUCCCCUUUACAAGCACAUCGCUAACCUUGCUGGUAACAAGAAGUUGGUUCUGCCAGUCCCUGCUUUCAAUGUCAUCAACGGUGGAUCACAUGCAGGAAACAAACUUGCUAUGCAAGAGUUCAUGAUUCUCCCUAUCAGAGCAACAUCUUUUAAAGAGGCCAUGAAGAUGGGUGUGGAAGUCUACCACCACUUGAAGACUGUGAUCAAGAAGAAGUAUGGUCAAGAUGCAACCAAUGUUGGUGAUGAAGGUGGUUUUGCUCCUAAUAUUCAGGAGAACAAGGAGGGCCUUGAAUUGCUAAAGACUGCCAUUUCUAAUGCUGGUUACACAGGCAGAGUUGUUAUUGGAAUGGAUGUUGCUGCAUCUGAAUUUUAUGGAUCAGAUAAAACCUAUGACCUGAACUUCAAAGAAGAGAACAAUGACGGUUCAGAAAAGAUCCCAGGAGAUGCUCUCAAAGAUUUAUACAAGUCAUUUGCUUCUGAGUAUCCUAUUGUGUCAAUUGAAGACCCAUUUGACCAAGAUGAUUGGGAGCACUACACCAAAUUAACCUGCGAAAUUGGAGGGAAAGUUCAGAUUGUGGGAGAUGAUCUCUUGGUCACCAAUCCAAAGAGGGUUGAGAAGGCUAUCAAAGAAAAAGCUUGCAAUGCGCUUCUUCUCAAGGUUAAUCAAAUUGGAUCAGUUACUGAAAGCAUUGAAGCUGUCAAAAUGUCCAAGCGAGCUGGAUGGGGUGUGAUGGCCAGCCACCGCAGUGGUGAAACCGAGGAUACUUUUAUUGCAGAUCUUUCAGUGGGUUUGGCCACGGGUCAAAUUAAGACUGGAGCUCCAUGCAGGUCUGAGCGUCUAGCUAAGUACAAUCAGCUUUUACGUAUUGAGGAAGAGCUUGGUCCUGAGGCAUUUUACGCCGGAGCAAGCUACCGCGCUCCUGUUGGACCCUAUUAAGAGUCUGUUGGAUGGUACGCUUGCUGAGGCGGGAUGGUUGUGUGCGAUAGAGCUUCACAUGCAAUAAAUAAGUGUAGCACGUAGAGUGGGUUGGACCCAAACAUUUUUCAAUAAUUUUGACUGAAAUUUUGUUCCAACAAACUUUUAUGUUUUGUUAUUUCGGAAAUGAUGGUUCCGCUUUUUAUUUACCUUUGGGUAGAGAUAUCUUUUGUUACUAGCAACUUAAUUUUACGCAAGAAUUUCUGGACA